CAGUCAAGAACACACCCGAGUGCACUGCCAGCCAGACGCCUUCCGAAACACCCCUUAUAGUGCCGCAUGAGUGCCUGACACUUUCUUCCCUGCCCCAUACCACAUCUUUGAUAUCUUGCAAAACAUGUCAUACACUCCUAGCAAGUUUCUCAAGAGCCACCAUGUCAAUGUUGUGCCGGUCGCCUUCUCUGGCGGUCAGGCCAAAGGCGGUGUGGACGAUGGACCGGCCAUGCUCUUGAACCACGGCUUGAUGGACCAGAUCAAGCAGAGUGGAUGGGAUGCUCAGCUCUUGCAGGAUCUGGAUGUGCUUGCACUCAAGCCGGCGGAAGAUCCGCCCAUUGGCAUCAUGAAGAAUACACGCUUUGUGUCUUCAGUGACAAAGAAGCUAUCAGAGGUAUGUGGUCGUAGUGCUGCGACUGGUGGCCUGACACUGACUGUUGGCGGCGACCACUCUCUGGCCAUUGGUACUAUUGUGGGCUUGAUGAAGCAGUACCCGGAAGCUUGCGUCCUUUGGAUUGACGCGCAUGCGGAUAUCAAUACACCCACAUCGACGGAGUCUGGCAAUAUUCAUGGAUGUCCCGUCUCAUUCGUCACUGGUCAAGCAGGACCGCAAUCGUCACUUCCUGAAACACUUCAAUGGAUACCAGCAUGUCUCGAUACGUCCAGACUAGCCUACAUUGGUCUACGUGACAUUGAUCCUGAAGAGAGGCGUAUCAUUCGCGCCCGCAACAUUGCAGCUUAUAGCAUGCAUCAUAUCGACAAGUAUGGCAUUGGCACAGUUGUCCAGAUGGCGCUCGAUCGCGUCAACCCAAACUUGACAAGGCCUAUUCAUCUCAGCUACGAUGUGGAUGCCAUUGAUCCAGUCUUUGUUUCGGCAACAGGCACGCCUGUCAGGGGAGGACUGACGUUUAGGGAAGGUACAUAUAUCUGCGAGGCGAUUGCGGAGACGGGCUGUCUCGUCUCGAUGGACCUGGUCGAGGUGAACCCAAACUUGCGCAGUGAAGGAACAGCAGGUGACCAAGAAGUGCAGGCAACUCUGGAUAUUUCAACCAGUCUUGUGCGAUGCGCAUUGGGCGAGACACUCCUCUGAGCUCGAACGAAGGACGCACUCGGGAAAUUGAAAUCCCUACCUGUUGGCCAUUGAUGGAGGAGGCCGGGACAGCUUUGAUCCGCUUCGAUUGCAAGCGCUCAGUAUUUUGUUCGUAGCUUCCAGGUCGACUGUACCUUUGAUGUCUGUAUGAAAUUAGAAUGACAUCGUUACAUACACUCAGUCUCUGAUGUAGAAAAUCUUUGUUGACG